AUGUUGGCUCCACGCGCAGCCCGCUCAGCGCGAUCCGUGACUUCCCUCUUGCGACCCUUCAGCUCAUCAGCUGUGGCCUAUCGUUCUCCCUCUAUUCGAGAUAUUACAGCCCAGUCGACUGAGGAGUACCUCAGACGGCAGAAGGAGUUCCGCGAGAACUUAGAACAGGCUCGUUUGAGAAGAGAAAAGCAAGAGAGGGAUGACCAGCACCACGAAGGUCUGGCUAAACGUGGCCCUUUGUCCUCGCUCAUCUACGGCACCAAAGAGGGCCAGCAUUUUGACAAGGAUAUGGAACGCUCCUUCUCGGAGGUCCUAGCCCGCGGCAAAUACGUUCAUUCUAUCGUGAUGCACGACGUGAAGCCCGACAAGGUCGAUGAAUAUGUGGAUCUGGUGGGCCAGUGGUACCCUCGCAUGGCACGAACCGAGGAGAACCGUGUCAACCUGGUGGGCAGCUGGCGGACGCAAGUGGGCGACAAUGAUACCUUUGUCCACAUCUGGGAAUACCAACGCUACGAAGGCUACCACGACUCUCUUCACAGCAUCUCGGAACACCCAGAGUUCCGCGAAUUUGAUGGCAAACUCAAGAGCCUGAUUAAGAGCAAGAAGACUUCAUUGAUGCAGGAGUUCUCGUUCUGGCCCACGAGCCCGCCUCGCCGCCUCGGUGGACUGUUUGAGCUUCGGUCAUACACACUGCACCCGGGCAAUCUUCUGGAGUGGGAGACACACUGGCGCCGUGGCCUGAAAGCCCGUCGCGAAGUGAUGGAAGGUGUAGGCGCAUGGUUCGUGCAAAUCGGCGAAUUAAACACGGUUCACCACCUGUGGCAGUUUGCCAACUUAGAGGAGCGCAAGAUCUGCCGCGAGCAGUCGUGGAGCGUCCAAGGCUGGGCCGAAACGGUUCACAAGACUGUUCCCUUGAUCCAGACCAUGAGGAGUCGCAUUCUUGUCCCCAUGCCCUGGAGCCCUGUCGGCUAA